AUGCGAUCCGAUCUGGUCUCAUCAAGAACUGUCCUUUCACCAAAGAAGCGAUCAAUCAUGCCGAAGCAAUUGAAAGGCAAGUCAACAAGACCAACUCCAAAGAAGACGUACGACAACUUCUUCAGUCCACCAGAGGAAUUAUAUCAGCACAAUCGAUCUAUUACCAUCUGUAUUGAUCACAUGGAGAUUGGAGAUGCUAAGUUUCUCACCUGCAUCGAUACCACUGUGAGUUAUUGCUCAUGUAUUCCUGUGCAGAACCUGAAGACUGGCACCAUAUUUGAAGCAUUGGAUAAGAUAUUCUGCCGCUACAACAAGGCAGGCUUUCAAGUCAAGAUCAUCAAGUGUGAUUGGGCGUUCAUUCCUCUCACGGAUGAUAUGCUAGACGAUAUGGGUGUUACUAUUGAACCGACUGCAGCUGGAGACCACGAGCCUACCGCUGAGCGAAACAAUAGGACGCUGAAAGAAAGGGUCAGAGUAGCUCUUGCACGAUUACCCUACAAAGUGGUCCCAAAGGUGAUCACUGAAUGUCUUGGACGUCAAGCCGCCGAGCUAUUGAAUGUCUUUCCCCAGAAAGACAGUAUCUCAUCACAUUUUAGUCUGCAGCAACUCAUUGAUAAUGUGAAUAUCAACUACAAGAGUGACAUGGUUGCUGAACUUGGACAAUAUGUUCAUGCAAUUGGGACGGAUUCCAACAAUUCGAUGGAACCCCAAAGUAUUGAAGCGAUUUACAUUGAACCUACGAAGGGACAACCUAAGAAGAGAGAUUUGGAGACAUUUCAAGAUGGCGAUCAAAUCACAGGAGUGGAUGAUACGGAACAAGGUUACUUAGAAGAAGCCUUUGAUCAGGACUAUGAACCUGAAGAUGAAGAUGAACGUGAUUUCAACCUAUGUGGACAAUUUGAUGAUAUUGAUGACUUGGAAAGAGAAGAGCUCUUGGCAGAUGCAGACAAUGAUGUCAAUGUUAUGCCAGAACUCACUGUCAGAUUCCAAGGAGAUGAUGACUAUGAAUCAGAUGAGGACAACAAUUUGGGUGAUAAAGAGGAAGAACCUAUUGUGGCCGAUUUGGAUCACCAUCAAGAAAAUGUCGAUAGAGGAACCAAUGAUAUUGGAAGCCUCGUUACUGAUCUGGAGGACCUACAAGAGCCGCCAGAAGCAGAAGAGAUUGUAUUUGAGCCUGAAACGCCUCAAGUAGCAAAAGUCACUCAAUCUGGGCAAAUGUAUGCGCAAGCUGCAAUGUCUGGGCUGAACCUUUCUCAAGUUCCAAAGAAACCAAGAGAAUGA